AUGCAUGCGAUUUCCGAUUUAAGUAAAGUCUUGUUAGAUUUAGCAGGAACGUGGGUUGGGUGGGUUAAGGGCAGCGCAUCUCGUAGUUAUUUUGAAGUAACCAACGAUGUUUCGAAGUACACAAAAGCGGAAGUAUUCAAUGGAAUAGGAAAAAGAACUCGCAUCCUGCACCGGUUUGCUGUCUCUAGUCAAGAAAGAGGAGGAACUGACCUAGCCCGAGUGUUGAGAACGUUUGCAGCGAAGUUCUUCACCAAUGAAGGAAAUCUGGACAUCUUAAGUCUACAAAUCCCUGUCUUCUUCUCAAAACAACCACACGAUUAUCAUUCGUCAGUGCAUAGUAUUGAUUACGGAAUACCUGACGUUUUCAGAAAGACGAGUUUCUUAGCCAUUGAUACAUUCGAACUAAAUAAUAAAGAGGGUGAAAAGGAUUUUGCCAGAUUUAAUUACAGAACGGAACAGGGAGAAGCUUAUUUGACCUCAGCUGAAGCUGCAGCCAUACAGGCCACAGAUUUUGACUAUUUUAUCAGAGAUUUACGAGUAUACAAUGCAGCCGAGGAAAAGAAUUAUCCCUCUUGGCGGCUUGAAAUGGACGUUAUGUCAUAUCAAACACAUUGA